AUGGCAGAGAAGGAUGAGUAUGAGCACCAGCAGAAGGAGCUGGAGAAGCUCUAUCAGACCAUGAGGGAACCUGUGGGUUGCGGAGUGCCUAGCAUCCCGCCGCAGGUGAGCGGCUUGAAGAUUGUGAACGGACAGAACGCCGUAUCUGGAUCCUGGCCCUGUCCUAGCCGUCACCAAGUGAUCCUGUCAGAGCACGAUCGUCAGUCCAAUGCUGAGCCGAUCCAGGUCAAACGCAUCUCCAGGGCUAUCACCCACCCCUACUACAACAGCCAGAACUUUAACAACGUGACCCCGCUGAAGCUGUCCUCCCCCGUCCAGGUCACCUACCGCGUGUGCCCUGUGUGCCUGGCCUACUCUAGCACCCCCUUCCCCCCUGGAACCUGCUGUGUCACCACUGGCUGGGGCAAGACUGGCACCACCUCAAGCCCCCGUAUCCUCCAGCAGGUGGCCCUUCCUCUGCUGAGCUCUGCUCAAUGCAAGCAGUACUGGGGCCAGAACACGAUCACUGAAGCCAUGAUCUGCGCCGGAGCCUCCGGAGUGUCAGGGUGA